AUGCACCGGUCUCUUCUCCUACAGUUGCUUCGAGGUUACCCUGAGCUUCAGUCAGUCUUGGACGGCCUGCACUUUACUUGUUUCAUUGGUGCUCCCGAUGAAUGCGAUGAACAGCAAGUCAUGGAUAUGUUUGAAGACCUUACAGCGGAAGCAACACAGGCUAGCAUCGAACUGCAGGGGGGGAUAAAGCUCACUUUAGAAGACCAAAAAGGCCACACCGAAGACCUGGACAGCUACGUGUCAAGCCGCCUACGCAUCCACAACCGGGAACUCGAAGAGGAACUACGGCCCAAACUUAUCGGGAAAGCCUCAGGGGUUUUUCUAUGGGUUGUAUUGGUUGUCGAUGUCCUCAACAAAGAAUAUGCCCCAGGUGGAAUAGCCUUGAGGAAGAGAUUGGCAGAGAUGCCCAGCGGCCUCCACGACUUGUUCAAGGACAUGCUGGGACGCGACAACACUGAUAGGGACCAGCUUCUACUUUGCGUUCUCUGGAUUCUUUGUGCCAGGCGUGCCUUAAGACCCGAAGAGUUUCGCCAUGCUAUGUGGUCAGACCCGUCACUGAAGGGCCUGAUCGACGGAGAGCUUCCGGAAGUCAGCACUUCGGAUGUCGGUGGCAGCACUGAGGUAUGCGUCAUUGGUACUUCAAAAGGCUUAGCGGAGAUUACCAAGACCAAUCGACCUACGGUUCAAUUCAUUCAUGAAUCAGUUCGUGACUUUCUCCUCAAAGCUGAGGGGCUCCAGGAACUAUGGCCAGGUCUAGGAUUUGACUGGGAAAUUCCCAGCCAUGAGAAACUCAAGACAUGUCGCCUGUAGGAUACUACUUAGCCAAAUAGUGCCUCUGGCGCAAAUCACGAGUGAAAAGCCAACAGCGCGAACAGGGUAAAGAAGCGUUCGCAUUCCCUUAACAUAUUGGGUACUAUAUAUACGCAGGUUUUGAUUUCAUGGAAUGUUUUAGAGCCAAUUAAUAACUAACUCAUACAGAACUUCAGAAUCAGUGUCAAUACCUAGCCUACAUGACUAACCAGCGACAUCAUAUUAUGCAAGGUGGUGAAUCUCGAACUCGCAGAAGUGGAUGCAUGUAAGCACAUGGAGUUGUACAAAGGCAUGUUCUCUCCCGUCAGCUGAGGACGGUGGCAAUUUGAUUGUGGCCGUUUACGUUGGUAGUUCUCCCCUAUGAACAAUCCUGCGAGGCUUUGGUUACUCGAUGUGCACUAGGCCGGUCCAUGCGCAUACAUAUGGCCAAUGCCACGCGUGCAGCUUGAAGG